AUGUCGACCUCCGACUCCGAGCCCGGCUAUGCAGCCGGCGCCGCCGCGAUAACCACCGCACCGUCCUCCACCUGCUCAUCCAACCCGUCGACACCACCGCCCCAGCCUCCGCCACGCCGCCACAAGAACAUUGCACGGAGCUCAGUGGGAGGCUGCGUGGCCACGGCGCCCGAAGCCCGUGGUCGUCGCCGCGAGGAGACGGGCAGCACCGGCGCCGCGUCGUCACCUUGUGGCGGCGACGGCGUGGGCCGCGCGAGGAGCCUCACCGACGAGGACCUCGACCAGCCCCUGGCACCGCAGGAGCAGGCGACGGCCGCCACGCCGACCUCCUCGCCGCCCAUUGCCCAGGUGAGCAAAACAAAUCAAACGCCUCCCACUACAAUUCUACUACAAGAAUCGAGUUGUUCUUCUUCAUCUAACGUGGUGGUGGUGGGUGGUGUUGCAGGGGAUAGCACGGAGGAGGUGAAGACGCGGCUCAAGUACUGGGCGCGGGCGGUGGCGUGCACCGUCAGGCUCUGCAGCUGAAUGACCAUCAACAAGACAACAGGCCAUGUCAAGUCAAGAGCACUCAGCAGGCUCCUUGUCCAUUGAUCAUGCAUUGUCGCGGUCGCGAUCGAUAGAUGGAUCCACUGAUGAUCGAAGCAUGUUUCCGAUGACGUUACGACAAGAAUCGUUGCGGAUGAAUCUUGCUGUGUGUGGGGAGCUGUACAUCCGAUUCGGUGUUUCAGUUGUAUGGUCGUGUUCGUGUCAUGUCGGUUGGGAACUGUACGUAUGGUGUUUGUUUCUGUGCUCUGAGCCAGCUACAGCUUCUCAUCUAGAGUACUAUCUAGGUAUAAACUCAUGUGGUUCAAAAUAAUCGUUACCUAGCUAGCUGGGAGAUGGGAUGGAUAAAUAAAGGCGGGUGAGAAAUCAUCCACCUGGCCAACCGUUUGAUUAGGCGCAUGUGGCCCGUCCGAUUAGAACAACUCACCUCCUCACGUCGUGAUUCUCUCCUCUCGUCUGCAUCCACAAGCCCCCGACGCUGCUGCGACACGCACUUCCUCUCAGCAACGACGACGACUGCACACCCCUGUUACACCGACGAGUGCAGCACUGAUGCACCUGCCGUCGCCCCGACGCCGGCAAGCACGACCGCUGCAUCGCAGCACCGGGAGCCACCAGGGGCUGCUCCGUGGCAACACUGAGCACGUCGCCGCUGCGCGAAAGCUUCAUUACAGCUCCGGCUUAAGCUUCAUUGCCGCGAGGACGAGCUUCAACGUCCCCCCGGCACUUCAUUGCAACUCCGGCGACGCUUCACUGUAUCUCCGGCGGUGCUUAUUGCAACGUGGGCGGAGCUUCAACGACCCCGCGCACUUCACUGCAGCUCCGGCAGCCCCCACGCGAUGCUUCAUCGCAACGCCGACGAGCCAU